AAGUGCGCGUUGCGUGUUGUGCUGUAUGUGAAGGGAAUCAUAAAGAAAGCUAAAGAUAAAUAAUGACUUUAUAUUUCAAGCUGUAGUCAUUCAUGUUUAUACUGUGGAUUGCUAAAGACCUUGCGUAAAGCAUGCUGACUCGCUUGAUUGGCCGCUCCUCUACUUUGGUCAGUCGCUCCUGGCUGUCAAGAUGUGUCGUCGUGGCUCGUUACCAUGAGGAUCACGGUGUCUACGGCUACAAGCCUACUGCUUGGAAGCAAAACCACAUUUCAGAAGACACAGUGAGCCCAGAUGCUCAGAGGAAUUGCGCCAACAAUGCGCCUUUGGUCCGAUUGGUGGAGGCCUACCGUUACCAUGGUCACAAGAAGGCCAAGGUGGAUGCGCUGGACAUGCAGAAACCCAAACCCACCCCCGAGCUUGAUCCAGCACACUACGGACUCUCAACUUCAGAUGACAUGACCUUUGACCUCACAGGUAUUCUGAAUGUGGAGGAGACAUCAGCUUCAUUGACGGAUAUCAUCCAGUAUAUGGAACGCAUGUACUGUGGCAGGACCUCCGUGGAACUCAUGAAUCUACCGACGAUAGCAGAGCGGGAAUGGUGUGCCCAUCGAUAUGAGGAGUUACAUCGAUCGGUCCUCUCCAAUGAAGCAAAGACAGAACUGGCUGUACUCUUGGCUAAGGCUCAGGCUCUUGAGAAUUUCAUGGCCGUCAAGUUUACCACGGUCAAACGGUAUGGAGGGGAAGGUGCGGAGAGUAUGAUGGGGUUCUUCCAGCAGCUGCUGAGACAGGCAGCGCAGUCUGACCUAGAGCAGAUGGUCCUGUGCAUGCCCCAUCGGGGCAGGCUGAUUCUGCAGGUGGGCCUGCUACAGCUGCCUGCGUCACUCGUCUUCAGGAAGAUGAGUGGUCUCCCGGAAUACCCAGCAUCCUCCAAGGACUGCACCGGUGACAUCCUCACCCAUCUGUAUCAGUCAGUAGACCUCGAAUACGACGAUGACAAACUACACUUCACCAUGAUUCCAAACCCUUCCCACCUAGAGGCCAACCUUCCAGUGUGUAUGGGCAAGUCGCGCUCACGUCAGCAAUCCCUUCAUGAGGGGGACUACAGCCAAGAUGAGGGGUCUUCAGUGGGAGACAGAGUCCUGUGUGUUCAUGUGCAUGGAGAUGCUGCUUAUGCUGCACAGGGUAUGGCCAAUGAGAUGCAAGUCCUUGCAGAACUCCCCCAUUACAACGUGGGAGGGGCCAUCCACCUAGUAGUGAAUAACCAGCUGGGCUUCACCACUCCAGCAAACCGGGGGCGUUCCUGUACCCACUGCACCGACAUCGCCAAACUGAACGGAAACUUGGUCCUUCAUGUGAAUGGGGACUACCCAGAGGAAGUUGUCAAAGCCAGUCAGUUUGCCCUGGAGUACCAACAGAAGUUCCGUCGGGACGUCUUUGUGGACCUCCAGUGUUUCCGUCGUUUGGGUCAUAACGAGGUGGACGACCCGUCCUUCACGCAGCCAGCCAUGUACAACAUCAUCCGGAACAGAACCAGUGUACCUGACCUGUACCUCAAAGAAGUCACGGAAGCAGGGGAAGUUGAUAAAUCGGAGAUUGACGCGGCACUAGCCAAGAACCAGGAGGAGAUGAGUCAGUGUCUGAAGGCAGCCAAGACCUAUGAGCCGCAACCGACCACCCUCAGCAAGCAAUGGAGCGGCUUUGUGGAGGCACCCGCACACAUCACAUCCUGGGAUACAGGUGUUGACGUGGAGUUGCUGCGUUUUGUUGCUGCCAAGUCUGUGGAACUGCCAGAAGAUUUUACUCCCCAUAACCAUCUAAUCAAGACAUUCUUGGAGGCACGUCGGAAGAAAGUCAUGGAAGGGGCGGCGAUAGAUUGGGCCACAGCUGAGGCGAUGGCGUUUGGCUCUCUUCUAUAUCAGGGUUUCAAUGUGCGAUUGAGUGGGCAAGAUGUAGGCCGUGGUACCUUCAGUCAUCGCCAUGCCAUGCUCGUCGACCAGACCACUGACAGCGCAUACGUGCCUCUCAACCACAUCACUCCUGAUCAGAAGGCAUUCUUGGAGGUUGUCAACAGCCCGUUAUCUGAGGAAGCCACGUUGGGCUUUGAGUAUGGCAUGAGCAUCGAGAGCCCCAACAAUCUCAUCAUCUGGGAGGCCCAGUUUGGGGAUUUCUUCAACGGUGCACAGACCAUCGUCGAUACCUACGUCACAGCAGGAGAAGUGAAAUGGCGUUUACAGAGUGGACUAGUAAUGCUACUACCCCAUGGGUUUGAUGGAGCUGGACCUGAGCAUUCCUCAAGUCAUCUAGAGCGCUUCCUCCUUCAGACGGACAGUAAGGAGGAUGCCAUCGAUGGGGAUAACGUCAAUUUUAUGGUUGUUCAUCCGACUACUCCUGCCCAGUAUUUCCACCUUCUCAGGAGACAGAUGGUGAGAAAUUUCCGCAAGCCGUUGAUCGUCGCUUCCCCUAAAAUCCUGCUGCGGUUGCCUGAGGCCGUCUCAUCGCUAGCCGAGGUGGCCCCGGGAACCAGCUUUGUGCCAGUCAUUGGAGACACUACAACUAACCCAAAACAAGUGGAAAGGGUCAUCUUCUGUUCUGGUAAGCACUACUAUGCACUGCGCAAGCAGCGGGAACAACGGCAGGCAAAAGACAACACGGCAAUCAUCAGAGUAGAAGCUCUGUGUCCGUUCCCCGCGGAGGAGGUUCAGCGAGAACUGGACAAAUACCCUAAUGCUAAAGAAUUUAUCUGGAGCCAGGAGGAACAUCGUAACAUGGGAGCCUGGACCUUUGUUGCGCCCCGCUUUGAAAAUCUGGCUGGAUGCAAGCUUCGCUAUGCAGGCCGCAGGGUUCUCGGUACCCCCGCAGUGGGCGUGGCUACCUUGCAUCAGGAGGAGGUCAAGCAGAUUAUGGAGGAUACCUUCAGGUAACAUGCUGCAACGCGGAAGCUGACUUAAACCAAGAAUUGUCGAGUCUAGCGUGGACGACCCGAAAGACCUUUCAUCUGAUCCAGCCACGAUUUCUCUUCUUAAUGGUGUCAUCCGUAAAACAAAAUCAGAUCAGGAAAAAUACAAUGAUUUCUCGACAACAUACUGGCCAAAAUAUUGUUUCCACCGGUUCUUUCCAGAGCCACUCACACUCACAAAAGAGAUAUGCUUUGACAUAGUGUCAGUACAAAUUUAAUGAUUUUCUUUAAUGUUAGACAGACAAUCCUGUUCAAAAUAAUGACAUGAAUGUUUAUGGCAAGGACAGAUUGAAAUUGAGAAACGGGAAAAAUAUACUGCUGAAAGCCUUGAAAUAUAUUGUAAGAAUAUUUUUAUAUUUUAUAUAUAUUCAGAAGCCUAGCUUUAUUUGAUGAAAGCAACUUACGAAUAAGCUCAAGAGUGACAUAGCUUGGUCUUCAUUAGAUGGACAUUUUGAGUUGGGUGAUGUAAAUCAAAUCAGGUUUUGCCCUU